UAUCUCCUUCCGGUUGCCCGUUUCGUCUCUCCGCCCCGCCGCUCGAUUUGGGGGCUGGCUCUGCUUGCCUGCAACGCCACGCCACGCCACGCCACGCCACGCCCACGGGUUGCUUGCUUGCUUGCUUCCCCAUGAAGGAUUUCCCUCGCGCAAUGUGGGUUGUUUGAUCUCAGCCGGAGGCCUGUUUAACCCCCUAUAUCUUCUCUCGGCUGUUCCAUCUAUCCUCCUAUCCCGGCGGUUGGUUGGUGGCUUCUCCCCUCCGCGCUUCUCUCGUCUGCUCCCGGCGAGGGUUUUUCUCCGCCGUUUCCAGGCUCCUUCGAUUCUUGGCUGCUUCGUUUGUACAGAGAGUAAGGGGACGUCAGACAGAGGGGGGAUUGGUUAGGCGAGGCGGCCAUGGGUGCGUUCGGCUCCAAGGACAACUCGUCGGGGCGGCACCACCACCAUUGCAACCAGGACCACAGCAAGAACGCCGCGCCGGGAGGGAAAGACCGCUUCGCCAAGUUCGGCGACGAUUACCACACCCUGGAGCAGGUGACUGAUGCUCUUUCACAUGCUGGACUGGAGUCCUCAAAUCUAAUCGUUGGGAUUGAUUUCACCAAGAGCAACGAAUGGACAGGUAAAGUGUCCUUCCACAACCGGAGCUUGCAUGCAAUAGGGAACACUCCAAACCCAUAUGAGCAGGCUAUAUCCAUUAUCGGGAGAACCCUAGCACGAUUUGAUGAGGACAAUCUGAUACCAUGCUUUGGAUUCGGUGAUGCUACUACUCAUGACCAAAAGGUAUUUAGCUUCUAUCCUGAGAACCAACCGUGUGAUGGCUUUGAACAAGCACUUGGGCGAUACAGAGAAAUUGUUCCGCAGCUUCGUUUGGCUGGUCCCACUUCAUUUGCACCUAUGAUUGAGACUGCUAUUGGGAUUGUUGAUAGUAGUGGUGGCCAGUACCAUGUUCUGCUCAUAAUAGCAGAUGGACAGGUUACACGCAGUGUUGACACUGGUAAUGGCCAGUUGAGCCCACAGGAAAGGGAAACUAUAGAUGCCAUUGUGAAAGCAAGUGACUACCCUUUGUCAAUUGUGCUUGUUGGAGUCGGUGAUGGGCCCUGGGAUAUGAUGAGGCAAUUUGAUGACAACAUACCUUCUCGUGCAUUUGAUAAUUUCCAGUUUGUUAACUUCACAGAGAUCAUGUCAAGGCCUAUUCCUACUAGCAAAAAGGAGGCAGAAUUUGCUCUUUCAGCACUUAUGGAGAUCCCAGCUCAGUUCAAGGCAACAAUGAACCUCCAGCUUCUUGGCAAACAAAGAGGAUUUCCGCACCGAUCAGUGUUACCUCCACCUGUGAGUGUCUAUCGACAACCCUCUGGAUGCUCAACUGUCAAGCAGACUCAAUCGCCUGGCACCAGCUAUGGGUCGCCACAGAAGAAUGCAUCAGCACCUCGACAGGACAGUGAUGUGGGUGAUCAGCAGACUUGUCCAAUCUGCUGGUCUGAAGCAAAGAACCUGGCUUUUGGAUGUGGGCACCAGACAUGCGCCGACUGCGGGAAAGAUCUGAAGGUUUGCCCCCUUUGCCAGAGAGCGAUCUCCACAAGGAUUAGGCUCUACUGAAGCUCUUGAGCGAGAAGCAAGCUAUAUAGUUUGUGCACACUUAGGAUAUCGAGAAAAGAACGUCGAUGUUGCUACCAAGGAAAGUGUAAAUAUAUACAUUGCCCCUAGUAUCGAUGUAGUUCCAUGGUUCAAACCUAAUGCUAGUGUUACUAGUGGCUGGUACCGAA